UGUCAGCAGCUCUGGUUGUAGGCACGUUUUGCGGCUGCGGCUGUUGCUUGAACAAAAAAUGGAGCAAACAAAUGGAUUUUACGAUUUUUGCAUACCCUACAACAAAGAUGACAAGGUUUUGCGUGGUUUACUCAACGAAUUGGUCGAGUUGGGCUAUAAGACGAUAGCAAUUGAACAGAGCUUUGAUCACAGCAAGAAGGAGCCUGGCAAACGUGGUUCCGAAAUGUUUCCCGAGCCCCACAACAUAGAAAAUAUACGCCAGGAGUUUGCCAAUAAGUUAAAGAUAUUGCAGCGAAUAACUAUACUAUAUGUGGAUGUGAAUGUGUCGCACGCAAUGGGCGUUUCGUUAAAUCUGCGCAAGUUUAAUCUAAUUGCUGGACAACCCAAAACGGAGGCAGCGCUAACUCACUGCUGCACCUCUUUUAAUGGCGAUAUCAUUACCUUUGAUCCAACUGCCGGCUCACGUCUGCUUGUCCAGCGUAAACCCUAUCUCAUUGCAGUGAGAAGAGGCAUGUACUUUGAGAUAAAAUACUCGCCCGCUAUAGCAGACUCUAAUAAUCGCAAGGAUAUGAUUAAGGUGGCACAGAACUACUGCACCAAAGGCAAAUCAAGAAAUAUUAUCUUCAGUAGUGGUGCAUUACACGAAUUCCAACUACGCGGACCAUACGAUGUGGCCAAUCUGUCCUAUAUAUUUGGACUAUCUGAGAAUCAAGGCAAAAAUGCAAUCGAUCGGUUUUGUCGGCAACUUUUCCUACGCGCCGAAUCGAGACGUUUGGGGAAAACAAUUAUGUUUGUUAAAGGUAAUGGACCAAUUGUAUUCUCCGACAGUUCCGAUGAGAAUCAAAGUGACCACGAUGUGCCUGAUGAAAUGGAUGCUUUAGUUAAGGAAACAACAAGCGAAGAAGAACCAGAAAGAGAGUGUAGUCAAGCCAAUAAAAGACUGAAAGUAGCAUAA